CCCCCCUCUCCCUUCGCCGUAUAAAAGCAGGUGUCGCAAGCAUGGUCAUCAUCUGCUGAGAUGACAAUCUCUGCUUUGCUGUUUGUUCUACUGACUCCUUUCGCACCUGCGCUAAAUAUAGCAUCUCUGCUAUUUGAGCACAGAGCCACUGCUGCCUAUGAGUUGCUGGAAGUGAUAUCCUUAGUGAUGGCUUCUGUCGAUGUCAUUUCUUGGGCCAUAUUUUCACUACAAAUUGCGGUUGUAGCGAAGAUCACUGCAAGGGCGAUGGGCUACGACAUCGUCAUUCGGCUUUGCCAAUGAGCUAACUGCUACCAAACCAAGUGCAUGCAAUGAAUCACGGGUUGCACAGCUUUAUGGACCUUCAAAUGAUCUUAUUGUUGAUUUUGUGAAUUUUUGUACAUACACGCCAAAUUCACGAAUCAUACUUUGUUAACACA